AGAUAUGUGAAGGCGCGGAAAUGGUUCAUUAGAGUGUUAAUGACAAAUUCCGACUUUUUGAAAUUUGUUGAAAACCCUUGGAUUGCUGAAGAAUCGCAUUCAUACGAACUACAACAACAGUGAAACCAAGCAAGCAAGUCUCUCUAGCGGAACUGUGUUUAGGCAUACAUAUAGUAGCAUAUCUCGGGACGAUGGAGUUGGACCCAGACGAUGUCUUCCGAGAUGAAGACGACGACCCUGAUAAUGAUUUCUACCAGGAAAGAGAAGCGAGCAAAGACCUAGUGGUAUACCUGGUGGAUGCUUCCCCCAAAAUGUUCCAGCUUACUUCUCUCCAGGAAAAUCAAGAGGAGGAAACUCACUUUCACGUUGCUGUCAGUUGUAUUGCCCAGGCACUGAAAACUCAAAUCAUUAAUAGGUCUUAUGAUGAAGUUGCAAUAUGCUUCUUCAACACAAGAGAGAAGAAGAAUUUGCAGGAUUUAAAUGGUGUUUAUGUAUUUAAUGUUGCUGAACGAGAGGAUCUAGACAGGCCGACUGCAAGACUCAUAAAAGAAUUUGAUUGCAUAGAAGAAUCAUUUACUAAGGAAAUAGGGAGUCAGUAUGGUAUACUGUCCGGGUCUCGUGACAAUUCUCUUUACAAUGCUCUGUGGGUUGCACAAGCACUGCUGCGUAAAGGAUCUGCGAAAACAGCUGACAAGCGAAUUCUGAUGUUCGCAAAUGAAGAUGAUCCUUUUGGGAGUAUGAAGGGAAUUACGAAGAUAGAUAUGACAAGGACAACAUUGCAACGAGCUAAAGAUGCACAAGAUCUUGGCAUCUCAAUUGAACUUCUUCCCUUAAGCAAGCCUGAUGUGGAGUUCAAUGUAUCCCUUUUCUACAGUGAUUUGCUUGGAUUGGAGGGUGAUGAUCUUACUCAGUUUUUGCCCUCAGUGGGAGAGAGAUUUGAAGAUAUGAAAGAUCAGUUAAGAAAACGUAUGUUCAAGAAGCGCAAAGUUCGAAGAAUUACAUUUUCAAUUUCCAAUGGUGUAACCAUAGAACUGAAUACAUAUGCUUUGAUUCGCCCAACUGUUCCAGGGGCAAUUACCUGGCUUGAUUCUGUCACCAAUGUUCCUUUAAAGACUGAAAGAUCAUUCCUCUGUGCGGAUACGGGUGCAUUAUUGCAGGAACCUGCAAAGCGUUUUCACGCUUACAAGAAUGAAAAUAUUAAGUUUUCAGUUGAGGAGCUUUCAGAAAUCAAGAGAGUUUCAACUGGACAACUUUGUCUUCUAGGUUUCAAGCCAUUGACAUGCUUAAAAGACUAUCACAAUCUGAGGCCAUCAACGUUUGUUUUUCCUAGUGAUGAGGAAGUGAUUGGAAGUACUUGCAUUUUCAUUGCUCUCCACAGAUCCAUGUUACGGCUCAAGCGUUUUGCAGUUGCAUUUUAUGGGAGUUCUACUCGUCCUCAAUUGGUUGCCCUUGUUGCACAAGAUGAGAUAAUCACUGCUAGUGGUCAAGUUGAGCCACCUGGAAUGCACAUGAUAUAUCUCCCAUAUUCUGAUGACAUUAGGCAAAUUGAAGAGCUCCAUUCAGAUGUAAACAGUAUGAUUCCUCGAGCAACUGAUGAUCAAAUUAAUAAGGCUACUGCUUUAAUGAAACGUAUAGACCUAAAAGAUUUUUCAGUAUGCCAAUUUGCUAAUCCUGCGUUGCAGAGACACUAUGCAGUGCUACAGGCUCUAGCUUUGGAUGAAGACGAGAUGCCAGAAAUCAAAGAUGAAACUGCUCCUGAUGAGGAAGGUUUGGCUAGGCCAGGAGUCGUUAAUGCAUUGGAAGAAUUUAAAAAUACCAUCUUUGGAGAAAACUAUGAUGACGGGAACGAGUUUGAGACCAAUGGGAAAGUAAGUGAAGCUUCCAGAAAAAGGAAAGCAAUUGCUGAAAAUGCAGCUAAGGAGUGUGCCAGCUAUGACUGGUCUGACCUUGCAGACAAUGGAAAGUUAAAGGAUUUAACGGUGGUGGAGUUGAAGUACUAUCUGUCAGCACACAACCUUCCUCUUGCUGGGAAAAAGGAAGCUUUGAUCAAUCGGAUUUUAGUUCACAUGGGCAAGUAAGAUGAGACCAUAGUGUCAUGGAAAGGGUGUGUAACUAGGGUUUUCUCUCUCUCUCUCUGAGUAAUAUAUACAAGGAGUCUAUAUAGACUUUUGAUGCUCUAUAGCUGUUAAGUGACUUGUAGUUCGGUUUUGUGUGCAAUCACCACUGGGUCUUCACAUCUAUGAAAUGCAAAACCCCUUGGGUUAAUUGUGUGCCUUCAAACUUGUAAUUGCUAUGAUGCAGGGAAUCUAUGAUUACCAUGAAAUUUGAAAAAAGCAGAAACA